AUGAAGAGUGGGAAAUUCAUCACCUUAAAUAGCCUGCCUGAUAGCCUGAAUUUAUUUGGUAUUUUGCCAGAUUACUUCAAUUAUGGUUUUAAUGAGGUUACCUGGAGUGCAUACUGUGAACGUCAGCGCCGCAUGCGUGUAACCGAGGCGGGCGUGGGGCUCCAUGUCGGCCCACCACCACGUGCACCUGCACCUGAUCUACGAAGACCACCAGGUCCCAUCAGAAAUGAUGAGGGAAUGCCUCCACCGCCAGUGAAUAACUACCAGGCGAGAGAGAACACAAUCCAAGUGAUGACGGCGGAGCGGCGCGAGUACGGUCGCGGCGGGCAUGGGCGAGAUAUGCCCGGCCCGCCGCCGGACUACUUCGGAGGGCCGCCGCCGCCCGAGCACUACUACCCGCCGCCACAUGCACCAUACGAAGAACCAAACUGGGGUCAUCCCGAGCCAACAGGCUGGGCGCCAAGCGAGAUAAAGGAGCUGACGCCUGGCCCUGGGCCGAUGCCGCCGCCGGUGAUGGGUCCACCUAUGGGCAUUACGCCACCAUUAGGCCCUCCGCCACACAUGGGCGCCCCGCCCCACGUUAUGACGGCGCCACCCUACGGCUCGCCUUACCGUCCGCAUCCGCCCAUGCACAUGCAUGACAGGGAGCGUGACCGAGAGCGAGACAGGGAGCGUGAGCGUGAUAGAGAUAGAAUGAGAGAACGAGAAGAGCGGGACAGAAGGGAACGGGAUAGACGUGAAGAUGAGGAAAGGGAGAGAGACAGGGAUCGCGAACGUUCCCGAUCCAUAAAACCAGAUAGAAUAAGAGAAAAGUCGUAUCGACGAGAGCGGUCGCGCUCACGAUCACGUCGUCAUAAGUCCAGGUCGCGGUCGCCGCGACCGCGGGAACGUUCUCGCGACCGCGAGAGGUCCCGGGAACGGGAUCGAGAUCGCUCCCGCGACCGCGAACGCAGCGCCAAACCGAAGUCAAAGGAGAAUAAGGAUAAGGAUGAAGAGAAAUAAAAUUCGUUCCCUGCAGUCCAGCCAUUUAGCAUGAAAGUUCAUACUAUGUUGGUAAUGGGUAAUAGGGAAAGUUCAUUAAGUACUGACAUUAUGUUAAAUUAAUCCUGAUGUUUAGAAAUAUAAAAUACCUGCCU